CAGGGGCGGGGCGGAGACGGCAAGUCGGCACUGCGGCCCUCCCCCGCCCGGGGCCUCGGCAGUUCGGCUGCGCCUGCGACUCCCGGACGCCCUAGACCCCCGCGGGCUGCGGGCAGGGAGGGGCUCCCAGCGCAGCGCGCGGCGCCCUCCCCUCCGGCGGACCGGGCUGCGGCGGCGCGGGAGGGGGCGCUGUGGAGCAGGGGCGGGGGCUAAAAAUACCCGGCGGCGGCGCGGCGGCUGCUGGGCUGCGGAGCUGCGGGGCCGUGGGCCAGGGAGGCUGUGCCGGGCCAGGCCGGCCCCGCGGACGGACAUGCUGACCUUCUUCCUGGUCUCGGGGGGCUCUCUCUGGCUGUUCGCGGAAUUCAUUCUCUUGCUUCUGGAGAAGAUGCAGACACAAGAGAUUCUGAGGAUGCUGCGGCUGUCCGAGCUGGGCGACUUGGGCCAGUUCUUCCACAGUCUUUCAGCCACCACCCUCAUGAGUGUGGGCGCCCUGGCCGCCAUCCUUGCCUACUGGUUCACUCACCGGCCCAAGGCCUUGCAACCACCGUGCAACCUCCUGAUGCAGUCAGAGGAAGUGGAGGGCAGUGGUGGGGCCCGGCGAUCCGUGAUUGGGGAUGGCCCUCAGCUGCUCACCCACUACUACGAUGAUGCCAGGACCAUGUACCAGGUGUUCCGUCGUGGGCUUAGCAUCUCAGGGAAUGGACCGUGUCUUGGCUUCAGGAAGCCCAAGCAGCCUUAUCAGUGGCUGUCCUACCAGGAGGUGGCCAACAGGGCUGAAUUUCUAGGAUCCGGACUUCUCCAGCACAAUUGUAAAGCAUGUACAGAUCAGUUUAUUGGUGUUUUUGCACAAAAUAGACCAGAGUGGAUCAUCGCAGAGCUUGCCUGCUACACGUAUUCUAUGGUGGUGGUCCCGCUCUAUGAUACCCUGGGCCCUGGGGCUAUCCGCUACAUCAUCAACACAGCUGACAUCAGCACCGUGAUAGUGGACAAACCUCAGAAGGCCCAGCUCCUGCUGGAGCAUGUGGAGAGGAAGACGAUUCCAGGACUCAAGAUGAUCAUCCUCAUGGACCCGUUUGAGGAAGCUCUGAAAGACAGAGGGCAGGGGUGUGGAGUGGUCAUUAAGUCCAUGCAGGCUGUGGAGGAGUGCGGCCAACAGAAUCUUCACGUUCCUGUGCCCCCAAAUCCCAGUGACCUCUCCAUUGUGUGUUUCACAAGCGGCACAACAGGGAACCCAAAAGGUGCAAUGCUGACCCAUGGGAACGUGGUGGCUGAUUUCUCAGGCUUUCUGAAAGUGACAGAGAGUCAGUGGGCUCCCACUUGUGCGGAUGUGCACAUUUCCUAUUUGCCUUUAGCACACAUGUUUGAGCGAAUGGUGCAGUCUGUUGUCUACUGCCACGGAGGGCGCGUCGGCUUCUUCCAGGGAGACAUCCGUCUCCUCUCAGAUGACAUGAAGGCUCUACGCCCCACCAUCUUCCCUGUGGUCCCACGACUGCUGAACCGGAUGUACGACAAGAUCUUCAGCCAGGCAAACACACCACUGAAGCGCUGGCUCCUGGAGUUUGCAGCAAAGCGUAAACAGGCUGAAGUCCGGAGCGGAAUCAUCAGGAAUGAUAGUAUCUGGGAUGAGCUCUUCUUUAAUAAGAUUCAGGCCAGCCUUGGUGGGUGUGUGCGGAUGAUUGUGACUGGAGCAGCCCCCGCGUCACCAACAGUCCUGGGAUUCCUUCGGGCAGCUUUGGGGUGCCAGGUUUAUGAAGGUUACGGCCAAACCGAGUGCACAGCUGGAUGUACCUUCACCACACCUGGGGACUGGACCUCAGGGCACGUGGGGGCGCCUCUGCCCUGCAAUCAUAUCAAGCUCGUCGACGUCGUGGAACUGAACUACUGGACCCGCAAAGGAGAGGGAGAGAUAUGUGUGAGAGGACCAAAUGUGUUCAAAGGUUACUUGAAAGAUCCAGACAAGACAAAGGAGGCCCUGGACAGCGACGGCUGGCUCCACACUGGAGACAUUGGGCAGUGGCUGCCGGCGGGAACUCUUAAAAUUAUUGAUCGGAAGAAGCACAUAUUUAAACUUGCUCAGGGAGAAUAUGUUGCACCUGAGAAGAUUGAGAACAUCUACACCCGGAGUGAGCCUGUGGCACAAACCUACGUCCAUGGGGACAGCUUACAGGCCUUUUUGGUGGGCAUUGUUGUGCCUGACCCUGAAGUCAUGCCCUCCUGGGCACAGAAGAGAGGAAUUGAAGGGACAUACUCAGAGCUCUGUGUAAAUAAGGAGCUGAAGAAAGCCAUUUUGGAAGAUAUGGUGAGGUUAGGAAAAGAAAGUGGACUCCAUUCUUUUGAACAGGUAAAAGCCAUUCACAUCCAUUCUGACAUGUUCUCAGUUCAAAAUGGCUUGCUGACACCAACACUAAAGGCUAAGAGACCUGAGCUGAGAGAGUACUUCAAAACACAAAUACAAGCGCUCUACUCAACCUCCAUGUGAAGUUCAAGGCAAGUUCUGCUCAGUACAAUGGACUGUGUAGCAAUAUUAUAAUUAUUCAUGAAAGUAAUGAGUCAGAAUGACGCAGCUGAAAAUGAAUAAGCACGUGACUACGACUGAGCCUUUUCCUGUCCCAAGAUGUCUUUAACAAUAUUUUCUCUAUCAUCACUGAGUACACUUUAUUUUUAUUAAAAUGAUAUUGUAGCAAGCUGCUAAAAAUAUUGCAAAUGGCAAUGUAAAAAUCAAGACUUUUCUCAAGAACGAUGUACCACUAAAAGAAAUAUAUUCUCAAUGUUCAUAGCACUGCUAUUAAACAUAAAGAAAAAAACAUAACUGAUAUAUUGUACUUAAUUACUUGUGGACUAGAAACCAGAUACAGCAAAUAUCCAGGCAAUGUGGACUACCUCAUUCAAUAACCGAUUGUCAAAAUCAUAAUUAAAUCAGAUUUAAAAAUUAAAACUAGGUGUGCGGAAUCAUACUAAAGUGAAAUGUGAUAACUCACAUUCUACAUAACUAGAUUCUUCAAACAUGACAAUCCUUGUUGAUGUGAAAAAAAAAGUUUUCUCUCUAAUUUUUAUGUUUAUUCAUAAAAAAUGCAAAUUCAGAUAUUCUUAAAACUAAUGUUAUAUUUAUAUAACAUGUCACAAAAAUCUUUCAAAACAUUUUCUCAUUUAUAAGCUCAUUAAAACAUUCAGAAACAACCUAGGAAAAAUGUAAUGUAUGACUACUUCAAGAAUAGUAUGUGCACAUUUUUGGACUUCUUACCACAUUAAUUCUAAAAGCUGUCUGUUGACUCUACAAUGAAUGGACCUAUGGAGAAGAUGUGGGAAGAGAAACCCAGAAUUAUUUCUCAGGGUGGGCAGCAAUUAAUCUAUGUUCCUUGCUGGGUUCUUCUAGUCUUCCAUGUUCAAUAUGUCCAUGUUUGGCCUGGGAAACCCCAAAUGGCUAAAAUUCUGAACAAUUUCACUUUCUUUCAGUAAGACUAUCAAGGCAUGAUGUCAGGAGAAAGGAAUGUUAUUUCCAAGUAAAGUAAUUUUUCCACAACAUAAUUUUGAAUAACCUCUUCAAAAUACCCCAUGGAAAACUUUUCAGUCCAUCAUAGAUAAAUGUCUUCUUGGGGCAUAAUUCCAUUCAUAAAAUCUGAAAUGCUUCUAAGCUUAACCACAAAAACCUCCUCUCUUGCAUUAUGUAUUUAGACACUUCUUGCACCUGGGUGUCAACAAUUUCACAUAAUUAAAGCCCAGCAUGAGCAGCAAUUAAGGUCCAAGCUACAGACGGAGCAUCUGCACAGGGAAAUGUCCCUAGGAAAGUGUUUUAUUUUUUAUGAUUUAUUUUAUUUUGUUUAUUUUAGAGAGAGGGAAAGGGGGGAGAGAGAGAGAGAGAGAGAGAGAGAGAGAGAGAGAGAGAGAGAGAGAGAGAGAAAGAUUUGUUGUUCUACUUAUUUAUGCAUUCAUUGGUUCAUUCUUAUAUGUGCCCUGACCAGGGAUUGAACCCACAACCUUGGAAUAACAGGGUGACGCUGUAACCAGCUGAGUAACCACCAGGGUGAAAGUGUUUUCUUUAGAGACAGAACUCUGAAAGCAGAGAUGGGGGCAGUGUUCACAAUCCAGAAGCCCCUUCCCCCUGGAACAAAUCCAUACUGUAAGUUACAAGCUGCAUAAUCACACAGGCUUCUGGAUGAGUGUGCACCAGUGAUUACACACUUCCAGUUCAGUCUUAGAGAAGUGAACCACGGCUUCAUUGGAUGUAUUUAUCCAAUUUUUAUAUGCAUUCCUUUGGCAUAUUGUCUUUGCAUACCCACUACUUUAAGUAUACAAAUUUGACUUUUUGUAAAUGGGCUAGUUCUAUGCACAUUAAUUUUUAAAGGCAUUUCUAAAUAAAUACUAGAAAAUGCCCAAGGCCACAUCUACAUAGCAUUGUUGUUGUUGUUGUUUUGCACUUAAUAUAUACUUGACUAAUUAAAAGGGAAAAUCAUUGCCUGAACUGAAUAUUCAUACUAUUUUAAAGGCAAAUAGCUUCACAUCUUGAAAAAAUUGAAGCCGUUUCCCAUUGUCCUUCCAUUUAACAUAACUGCAUAAUUGGCUUUGUUUCCAAAAAGAAUUUUGACAAUGUCAUAUAACCAAGUUAUUUAAAACUUAUUUUGAUUUUAUUUAUACUUCAUAAUAGCUAGAUAUGAUUGAAUAUAGACUACUUAAGAUUUCUUCUUUUUCUCAUUUUGAAGAUCUUAUGUUUCUACCAGCCUUCCUGAUCUGUGUGAAAUCACCACACUUGGGCCAAUAAAUAAGUUACUGCAGAUGUGCUGAGAAAAGUGAACAAUGGACCCUAAAUAUAUUGCAUGUAAAGGGUGUCCCAAAAUUCACGCAAGAAGUAAUUUUAACAGAAAACACAGGUUUAUAAUUAAAAAUUGUAAAUUUUUUAUUGAUUCAUAAAGUAUAUAGUAUAGGGUUAUGUAUGGAGUAGCAUAUCGGGUAAAUGGCCUCCGAGAGCUUCUCGAAAUGUCCAAUUCUUGACAACGGUGCCGAAUUGAUGUCCCUGGACUCUCAGCAACAUUCUCACAAACUGCUUCGAUGUUUUGUGUUGAACGACUUGUUGAAGGACAGCCAGAGUGUUUAGGAUCACUAAUUGAUCCAGUCAAUUUUUUAAUUAAUUUUUUAAUUUUUUAAUUAAUCUCUUCACAGUUGAUGAAGUUAAAUCACUAUUCUAACCAUAGUUUGCACGAAAAUUGUGAACUGUAGCUGCCAAACCUUCAUUAUUUUUAAACUAUUGCUCAACAAUGAAAACGCAUUGUUCUUUCAUGUAGCGCUCCAUUUUUAAUAACCCUGAACUGUCAGCUGUCACGCUAUCUUUUUUUUUCGUUGUCAACACUUUACAGCGUAAAAUUCAAAUUUUGCGUGAAUUUUGGGACACCCUAUACCAGUGGUCGGCAAACUGCGGCUCGCGAGCCACAUGCGGCUCUUUGGCCCCUUGAGUGCGGCCACAAAGUUUUAAUCGCACUGUACUUGCGUGCCCGCACGUAGUAUUUUGUGGAAGAGCCACACUCAAGGGGCCGCAGUUUGCCGACCACUGUCCUAUACCUUUAUCUAUUCCUCUAUUUAACUCCACUGAACUUUUUAAUAAAGAAGAAAUGAAACAGUAUGUAUUAAUGAAAAAAUUCUUCUUGCUUCAGAUUUCCCAACUUUAUUUAGAGGAAGAACGUUUUUAUUUCUCUUUAACCAACAUAGAGAAAAGCUAUGUACUUAAGACAUUCACUUUCACAAUGGAUGUCAGACCAAUUUAAGUCUAAAGGUAUAACAGAGAUCAAUUCCUUAAGCAUAAACAUGUUCUUAAACACUUUGUUUCUCAUUCAAAUGUGUUAGUAAUUCACACAUUUUACAAAUGAAUCUUGUGUAUAUUUUAAAAUAGAAUAUGCACCAAUUUUUUUCCUUUUGCCAUAAAAGACAUCUCUAUAUUAUACUGUGAUUUCCCCCCAGGUGAGAGGAAACUCUGACCAGGUGUGGUGUGUAGGCCUAGCUCCAACAGUUAGGAACUCACAAACUCAGGAGUCCAAGGAAUGAAUGAAUAUAUAUAAUGCCUCCCUCACAUGAGCAAGUCAACCUUUCAUUCCUAAUUUAGGUAAAACGGCAAGCAUGAGAAAAAAUAGAACUUUCCAUUGCUAUUUUUAUAGUCGGGUGAUGUUUUAGCAACUUGAAGUUGGCACUUAACUUGAUUGUAUUACCCAUCGGAGAACCAAUAAUCUUAAUUUUCUGCAGUAAAGAAAAUGAAUUAUUCUUUAUUUUCCAAAUGUAUAAAGCACAAAUGUGAUCUAGUUAUUUAGAAUACAAAAUGCUACAAAAUGAAUGUAAAGAAUGGGAAAAUGUAUUUUUGCAUGAAAACAGACUACUUACAAACUUGCUUAAUUAUCUCAGGAAAAAAUGAGUAAUCAUAUAUAAAAUUGAUAAAUUAUAUGUUGAGCUAAGUUGCUGCAUUUUCUUGCCUGUUUUUAUUUUAAAGGAGCAUAUACAUGAAAGAACAAAUGAUCCUGGUAGUCUGAAUUUUCUCUCAAGUAUGCUGCACAGUCCUUUCUGUGAAUCUACAAUCAACUGCAGUAAGAAUGGGAUUAGCCUCCAAGUGAGGACAAAGUCCCAAAUGGGAAGCUUCAGUUAGACUAUAUGCAUGGUUGUCACCCAGAGGCAAUAGAUAAACACCUGGCAUACAAGCAUUUCUAAACCUGGUCCCAAACUGAAAAGGUUUUCAUGAGGUGACAGUUGCUUUUAAACAUUCAUUUGACUGGUUAUUUUAAUUUUCCUUGUUAAGUCAUUGCAACAAAUGCAUGAGGGGAAAAACGGAUAUUUUUUGAAGAAUUGCUUAUUCUACUUUCAAUUUUUAAAAAGGAGAUUAAAAUAUUACUUUUUAAAUAUGCAUAAAAGUAUCUUAACUAUAGUUAUAUUUUAGUUGCUUUGUUAUAAUAGCAUGCAUAACAAGUAUAAAAUGCAUUUAUGAAAACUUUUGUAAAAAAUAAAGAUUUUUUUGUUUCUCAAA